GGAGAGGAAGGGGGAGGUGGUUGACCCUCUACUUUUUGGCCCUUGGUGAGGGUAACCUUGGGGGGGCCAUAUUCACACUAGGAUUUUCGUUGAUGAAUCGAACCGUAUUUGCGUCUAGAGUCGAUCGAGAAAGUCCCUACGGUAGUGCUUUGGAUGCUGUUGAGACUGAAGUCGGAGGCCUAUCCGCUUGCUGUGAAAGAAUAUCAGCGUCGCUUAACAGCUGUUCGGCGUUGACGGGCAAUAUGGUGGCCGCCACCGAGAGACUGAAGCAAGAGCUUGACAACGUAACUAACCGGCAAGAAGAGGUCUCGACGUUUCUGCACAACUACCAGCUCACUCCAGAGGAGGUUAGCGCUCUUCGGGACGAAGAACUGGACGAGGGAUUUUUCAAAGCGCUGUCAAGGGUUCAGGAGAUUCAUGCCAACUGUAAAGUCCUACUCCGAACGCAUCAUCAGAGAGCAGGCUUGGAGUUGAUGGAUGUGAUGGCAGUUUAUCAAGAGGGAGCAUACGAGCGUCUUUGCAGAUGGGUGCAAACAGAGUGUCGGAGCCUUGGCGAUAAUGACACCCCUGAAGUUAGUGAACUUCUGAAGACUGCUGCUCGGUCUCUUCGGGAAAGACCUGUCCUGUUCAAGUAUUGUGCUGAGGAGGCAGACGAUGACGGGGAGGAGGAUCUGGAGGAGCGUGGAAAAGCGGAGGAGGGAAUGUCAGAGAGGGAGGAGAAGGAGGAUCCAGAGGAUGACGAUGGGGAGGGGGGUCUAGAGGAUGAUGACGGGAAGGAGGACCUGGAGGAUGGUGGCGGAGGAGGGGAUGAGGGUGGGAGGAGGUAGAUGACGGGGAGGAGGAUCUGGGGGAUGAUGAUGGGAAAGAGGAUCUGGAGGACGAUGGUGGGGAAGAGGAUUGGUGUGGGAGGAGGUUGAUGACGGGGAGGAGAUGGACGAUGAGGGGGAGGCGAAGGGAAAGGUAGCUGAGGAGCAGUGUGGCAGAGGAGAAGAAUGAUGCCGGGGUUCCUUUUCUUUUUUUUUGGUUGCUUUUUUCAAUCUCUUUGGGGCAAAGAAAGACGAGGAACGGCAGGGGAUGGAUCCAACGUGAAGGGAGGAGGAAGGAAGACGAAGGUGGCUCUCUGCUGGACAGACCAAAAGGGGAGAAUGUAGCAUAUCAGAAAGUGAAAUGCACUGAGAGCCUAGGAUCUAGCAAUGACGAAA